AUUGAAUAUUCGGGUUUAGAUAUUAUGCAAGGAGCUCUCAAAGUUAUCAAUGUGGCCGCCAAUGUAACACCUUUUGGUUCCUUAAUAUCAGGAAUAACUGAUCUUAUUUCUGAAAUUAUUAAAAUUUAUGAUACAGCUCAAUGCAAUAAAAAAAUUUGUAGUGCAUUGUUAGAUCGUGCGCAAAGUGCUGAACUUGCGCUUAAAUCAUUAAACAAAAAAAAGCAAGAAAAUGAAGAAAAUUUUCGCAAAAAAGAAUAUUAUCAUGCUUUCCUUAGGUUUGAGAUGGUAUUGCAAGAAAUUAAAGAUUUUGCCAUAGAUCAAAGAAUAAAUGACCAGAAACAUCUGAAAGAAGAUCUUGAUGAAAUAAAAAAG